CCCAGCACUCUCUCACUUCUGGCCAGGGAACGUGGAAGGCGCAGCGACAGGGAGCCGGCCAAGGAGGGCGAGUGCAAAGAAGGAAAUAAGCAAAGAAAGAGGGUUAACCAAAUAACACAAACAGCCCGAGUUGCGGCUGGAGAGACCGAGACCCGGCGCAAGAGCGCGCAACCCCAAGGGGAGAAGAACAGAAGGCAGCAGAGCGCGCUCACCGCCGACUUUUGCUUCUGCUGCUGCUUGCUUUUUUUUUUUUUUUUUUAAACAAGAAGGCGCUAGCGGCAGCCUCACACGCGAGCGCCACGCGAGGCUCCUGAAGCCAACCUGCGAAGGGAGGAGGGGAGGGAGGAGGCGGGGUGGAGGGAGGAGGAGACGUAUUUGCACCUUCCUCGCUCCCACCCUACGAAGUCUCUCCUGGGGAUUUUGUAUUUUUGUAACUUACCUCGGGACUCCAGCUUUAUCUCUCCCCUUCUCUCCCUUCUCUGUUCGUGCCCCUCCCCGUCCUGUCUGUGUCCCCCUAGCGUGCGUCCCGCACCUCGCGUCCCCGCUCGCUCCGAUCGCGCGACUCCUUGGCCGCCGCUGUGCAUGGAGAGCUCUGCCAAGAUGGAGAGCGGCGGCGCCGGCCCGCAGCCCCAGCAGCCCUUCCUGCCGCCCGCAGCCUGCUUCUUUGCCACGGCGGCGGCACAGAGCGCGCAGCAGCCUCCGCCGCCGCCGCCGCCGCCGCCGCAGCUGAGCCCCGCGGCCGACGGCCAGCCCUCAGGGGGCGGUCACAAGUCAGCGCCCAAGCAAGUCAAGCGCCAGCGCUCUUCGUCUCCCGAACUGAUGCGCUGCAAACGCCGGCUCAACUUCAGCGGCUUUGGCUACAGCCUGCCGCAGCAGCAGCCGGCCGCCGUGGCGCGUCGCAACGAGCGCGAGCGCAACCGUGUCAAGCUGGUCAACCUGGGCUUCGCCACCCUUCGGGAGCACGUACCCAACGGCGCGGCCAACAAGAAGAUGAGCAAGGUGGAGACGCUGCGCUCCGCCGUCGAGUACAUCCGCGCGCUCCAGCAGCUGCUGGACGAGCACGACGCGGUGAGCGCCGCCUUCCAGGCCGGUGUCCUGUCGCCCACCAUCUCCCCCAACUACUCCAACGACAUGAACUCCAUGGCCGGCUCGCCGGUCUCAUCCUACUCUUCGGACGAGGGCUCCUACGACCCUCUCAGUCCCGAGGAACAAGAACUGCUCGACUUCACCAACUGGUUCUGAGGGGUUCGGCCUGGACAGGCCCUGGUGCGAAUGGACUUCGGAAGCAGGGCCUACACAACCUGCAUCUUUAGUGCUUCCUCCUCAGCGAUGUUGGAAGGGAGAAGAAAGAAGAAGAGAAUAAGAAGAAAACAAACCCAGGCACCCCAACCCCUACAUCAACUAAGCGCCGCAAGCCUGAGAAGCAAGGCUCUCGCAAAACAGGGAUGCGCUCAGAACAGUAUCUUUGCACUCCAAUCAUUCACGAAGAUAGAGUGACUAGGACCCUAGGAUGACUAGGAUGCACAGAUUGCAGCUUGUGUGCAAAAGCAGUGGGUUCCUGGCGUAAGGGAGCAGCACACGCCCUGUAGGAACACCCACCCACCGCUAACAGGCAGAGCUGACCUCCCCGCCCUCUCUUGAAAGCGCAGUUCUUCGGCCCUCUAGAAAUGGGUUGGUGUCCUUCCUCUCUGUAUGCCCCACCCUGACAAAGCUGUGGAUGUUUGUCUGCAGUGAAAGUAUGCUGUUUGAAACCCCGAUCCUCUGGGGGUUUUGAAAACCCCCAGCCUCUUGGGGCCCCCCUCCCCAAGCUUCACUCCCUCACACCAUCUUUUCCACCAUUUUCAUCAUAGAAUGCUUCCAAUCUUUCGUGAAUUUUUUUUAUUAUAAGAAAAAUCUAUUUGUAUCUAUCCUAACCAGUUUGGGGAUAUAUUAAGAUAUUUUUGUACAUAAGAGAGAAAGAAAGAAAAAAAAUUUAUAGAGUUUUGUACAAAUGUUUUAAAAUGUGUAUAUCUUGAUACUUUACCAUGUAAUGCUAUUACCUCUGCAUAUCUUAGAUGUGUAGUUCACCUUACAACUGCCAUUUCCCCUAUGUGGUUUUGUAAAGAACUGUCCUCAUAGGUGAGAUUGAAAGGCCAUCAGAUGUACUUCAGCACCAAUGUGUCUUACUUUAUAGAAACUUUGUUAAUGUAUUAAUGAUGUUAUUAAAUACUGUUCAAGAAGAACAAAGUUUAUGCAGCUACUGUCCAAACACAAAGUGGCAGCCAGUUGGUUUCGAUAGGUUGCCUUUGGGGAACCUUUGGGGAAAUUUCUACCACUGCCCUUUUUUUUUUUCUUACUGUUUUAUUACAAACUUACAAAAGAAAAUACCCCGUGUAUAACCCUGUUUUAUACAAACUAGUUUCGUAAUAAAACUUUUUUCUUUUUCUACAAAUGAAAA